AUGGGAGGAAAACCGUGGAAGAGUAAGGGUGCGCAGCUUGUAAAAGGCGCAGGGUCAAAGUCAGUAAUGUCGGACUCGAGGGACGUCAAUAUUGACCCUCUUGCUGAUAAAUGGACUGGAUUGCAGUGCGACCUUCAGAGGCCGAGAUGUGCACAUUGUGUUAAACGUAACAUUAUCUGUCCGGGAUAUCCCGACAAUGACUUGGUUGUUUUCGCCCAUUACGCUGAUACUCAGCAUCCAAGGAAGGUGGCGAUGGGCAGAAGCACCGAGAUUGAACCGGCCAAUCGGGCCCAGAAAUUACCGCAUAAUAUGCAGGCGUAUUCGCAAAUACGGAUACAGCUCUACGCGUCAUUCUUGGAUUCUUACUAUCCCAUGCGUCUAGAUAUCAAUGCCAUUCAGGAGGUCGACCUGUGGUUCCAACUGGUGUCCAGGUUCAUCACUCUCCCUUCUAAGAGCAAGAUGCUAGAGACUGCGUUUUCCGCGAUAUCUUGUUUCUAUUUUGGUUCCACGAAUAAAGACGAUCAACUAUUGCAGAAGGGUAUGCAAUUAUACAACACUGCGAUUCGUUGCAUGUCAAACCGAGUGUGCCAGUCUGCUGUUACCGAGGACAUGGUAUAUACCAGUGUCAUUUUCAAAGCAAUUGAGACAUUCCAUUGCCCCAGUGGCCGUGAAGCGAUCGCGGCUCAUAUGGAAGGUCAUAAUCUAAUACUCAAGAACUUUGAUGACACAAAGGCAAAUUCCGGUAUGAAGUGUGUCUAUAAGCUUCAGAAACAAGGCCUGAUGUAUGCCCCAUUACUGUUCAAAGGAUCCGGAUACGAUUUCGACUACUUGAAGAAACACAAUGAUGAUGCCGCUUUUGAUGAGCUUUUCGAGGUCUACGUCGAAAUUACAACCCUUCUUGCUACCGCCGAUUACAUCGAUUCAUCUGGAAAAAGUGACAGAGCCUUGUGUGAAAAUCUGGUUCGACGAUGCCGCAUGCAUAGAGCGAAGACUCUAGAAUGGUAUUCUCGGAAUCUGGAUAGUAUCGGUGGUCCGCCCAUUUGCUAUCCUACCGGAAAAUUGAAAAACAUGGGCCGUCCAUUGCCAUCCUCGGAUGAAGUUUUCAGCCAUUUUUACACCUUUCAGUCACUUCGACAUGCAGAGCUGCAUGUAUUUUUCUGGAAAGCGAUGGUUCUUCUCCAGAUAAUGAUUUAUCAUUCUCAAAUCCGUGUACUACGACAUGCUCGAGAUAACGUCCCGAAUGACUUCUUUAACAAAUCCCCAACCGAUUUCGAAGCUUAUAGCGAACUCAAGAUGUCAGAAACAUACGCAGAUAACAUCUGCCGCGCCAUACCAUACUGGCUACAAAACAGGCUAGGCUCAUAUGGGGUGCUCAAGAUCACAGUCAAUCUUUGGCCUGUUCUCAAGCCCUAUACACAUCUGAGAAGCUGGAAGAAAUUUCGCUGGGUCCAACAUAUCUGUAAAAUCGUCGAAAGUGGGGGUAAUGACCUAGCUACAUGUAUCAGUCAGGUUUGGUGGAAGUACUGGCUCCUAUGCCAGGACCCAAAAUGUAAUUUUCAUGCCAGCUUGUUAUUAAGGGAGGAUUACGGGGAACGAUUAAAUGUCUCUAUGGAAGGAGAUACGUUGAAGGUGAUUCAUAUGACCAAGGAUGGAGAAUUGGCGCCUGUGCCAGAGAGCUUGAAAAUAUGUUAA